AUGAGUUUCUGGUGGGAUGGGAUGACUAAGUACAUCACGAAGAUGCUGAAAUCGUGUCGGACUUGCCAACUUGCUAAACAUCAUUCUGCAUUAUCUAAUACACCGACAGCAUCAAGGAGAUGGCAGAGACGUUUUAGCUCUAUUCAACUAGAUUUUGCCGGCCCUUUCCACAAGGAAGCAGCUCUAGAACCUAGCCCUUGGGGGGCAGAAUAUCUCUGUGUGAUGAUAUGUGAAUGCACGAAUAUGAGUCUUGUGGUUCCAACCAGGUCCACCUCAUCUCGCGACGUAAUCGGCGCAUUGACCAUAUGGAUAAGUACAUAUGGAGUACCUAGAAUUUUACAGUUGGAUGCAUGUCCUUCACAUAACAGCCAGUCUUUACGCACAUUUACUGCGGCCUUAGGAUGCAGACUGAAACUAGGAAUUCCUAGGAGACCACAAUGCCAAGGGAAAGUCGAAAGGUUUAUCAGAGAUUUGAAAGAAGCUGUGAGAAUUGGAACGCAGCAAAAACCA